UAUGUUCACAUCAAAACAUUUGUUGACAUUCGUUAGAUGUAACCUAUAGGCAUUAGGUAAUAGGCACGGAUUUCGAUCCAAGUAAUGAUUUUGUGUUAUUUUAAAAUUUAUUGAAUGAUAGGCAUAAUAUUUAUCAUCCCCCCAAUUAUUAUUUAUAUACCUUUAACUCAAUGAUAUACGCACUUAUUAUGAUUUUUGAAGUUUCUUGAGUCCAAAGAAAUGGAUACUAAAACCACAAAUGUAACGACUCAGAGCGAUCCUAGAAUAGACAUUGAAUUCUGCGGGGCAUGUGAUUAUGGAGGUCAUUGUUUAGCCUUAGCAAAUAGAAUCAGAGAAAAAAAUUCAAAUGCUAAUGUUGUUUGUAAAAGGGGAAGACAAGGAUCAUUUGAAGUGGUCAUUAACAAUAAAUUGGUCUAUUCAAAGCUGCAGACUAUGGCUUUACCAGAUUAUGAUGAGGUGGUUCAUGUUGUAAGUGAAGUGUCUCAAGGAGCUGAACCAAAGGAAAUUAAAGGACAACAACCAAUCAAUUGUAUAAUACAAUAAUAUUUAUUUAUUUUUAAUUAAAACAUCU